CAAGAGCCGUGUACACUUGGAGCACACUCGAGGAGCACGCUUAGGCGAGUUAAGCACACUUCGAGUUAAAGAGUCUUACAUCAAGAGUGCUAUAGCUCGAUCGCUGAUUUAUUUAUAUAGUUAGUCAGUUUGUUUAUUGGAUUCGGUUCGGGAUCGAGUGGUUUUCUUGGCAACGCGGCAUCGUCGUCGGUUUCGGUGCGGUGGCCGUGCCCGGUGCGUACGACCGGUUUUUGCAUGUGGAUGGGACUUUGAGUGAUUUGGUGGGACGCAGCUUCUGCGUACGUGUGCCAACCGAAACGGAGCUCAAGUACUCCGCGGUCCUGGAGUCCAUGUCGGCAGGUGGUUCUUACGGGGAGGGCCCCGUAGUAUCCGCGGACCGGAGCGACCUGCACGGGUUGCUGCCCGAACUCAAUGGCGUUGAACUGGCGAUGAGCCUGAGCCCCAAGCACCAUCAUCACAGUCAUACGACAGGUCCGCAGGUGCUAAGCCACCUUCAACAGCUCCACCACUCAACGCCAUUUAGCGUUACGGACAUACUUAGUCCAAUUGAAGAAUCGUAUAGAAAAUUAGAGCUGGCAGCUAAUCCUCCAUCGCCCUACAGAUCGACAUCUAGUGGCAGCAGCAUCAACUCGCCGGUAGGCGGCGCGACUGGGGGCAGUGCGAGCAGCGGAGGCGGUGGAGGUGGUGCGUGCAACAUGAACGGCGGAUAUCCGGGAGUGAUGGGGCAGUUUGGGGGCGGGCAGUACUGUCCCGUGUCAGAAAACCUGGGCGGGUUGGCUCCACACUACUCCUCAGGAUGGUACCAGACGACGGCCGCGGAUCCACGGUUUGCCAUAUCCCGAUUGAUGGGCAGCACGGCUGCAGCAGCCAACAUGGGCCACCAUCCGUCGGGCCUCGGAGCUGCGGCCAGCAUGGCGGGCCUGGGAGCGUGCGCUGUUGCCGCUGCUGCGGCUGCAGACGCGGCAGCAGCGCACGGGAAACCCUUGCAGUUUCCCUUGGCGCAGCGCAGAAAGAGGCGGGUGCUCUUCACGCAAGCACAGAGCCGGAUUUGUUUAUACGAUUCGGGUGUCAAAUUAGAUGUAAAUGGUGUCCGUAAAUUAAGAUGUGAGAGUGUCUACGAGCUCGAAAGGCGGUUUAAACAACAAAAGUACCUGUCUGCACCAGAACGAGAGCAUCUAGCAUCAUUAAUACAUUUAACACCAACACAAGUGAGUAUAAGCAUGUUUUUGGUUACUUAA